AUGUGGAAGACACCUUCACCUACGUACGACGACCUAUUCACUCGAGCGAAAACCCUGAGCAUGACGGACUACAUGACUUCCUGGUACGUUUCGUACUAUUGUCUGUUCUCGAAAGAACGGUCGCCGGCGUGUGAUGAAAUGGGAUUUGACAAGUACGAGGCGAACCCCCUGACAUACCGGCGUGACAAGUUUUGGGGCAAGACUGCUACCGUUUCCAGCCAUGCCAGCGUGCUACAGUUACAUGGAAGGUUGGACCCAAAGAACCCUUACAAGCAUGGAGAAUCAUUUUUCAAGGCGCUCGACACUUCGAACAAGGAACUCAUUGCCUUUGACUACGCGCCGAGGGUGACAAUCGAAACGACCCCGUUUGGAGACGAUGGCAAGAACUGCGGCAUGGAGUUGCUACUUUCGUUCGUUCGCAGCAACGCUGACCUCAAACGCGUCGACAAGUCUUGCGUGGGUGAAAUGCCUGCGUUCAACAUGAAGGUGGCUCCAGAACUCGUGUCUACCUACUUCGGCACCGAGGAUGUGUACGACGGUGUCCCAGCCCGUGCCGAGCACAACGGAAGAGUGAAACCGGCGUUUUGA